CGGGAGCUAGCUAGCGCGGGAAGUAUUGCUAGUUGUCAGAAUGGUUCUGCAAAACAGCGGAAAACUGAGGACAGAGAAUCGUAAAGAAGGGGAGAACCAGCAAGAUGACUCUGCCUCCAAUUCAGCUGCCAAACGUCUGGAGCGUAGCCAGUGGACGGAUAAGAUUGAUGCUCAGUAUGGAUUUGAGAGGUUUAAGGAACCUGGGGAGAGAACGGGUUGGCUGAUCAACAUGCACCCAAACGAGAUUCUGGAUGAGGACAAACGCCUUAUUAGUGCUGUGGAUUAUUACUUUAUCCAAGAGGAUGGGAGUCGGUUUAAGGUGGCACUGCCCUAUAAACCUUAUUUGUAUGUGGCCACUAAGAAGGGAUGUGAAAGGGAAGUCUCCUCCUUUCUUUCGAAAAAGUUUCAAGGAAAACUUGCAAAGCUAGAGACCAUAGCCAAGGAAGAUCUAGACUUGCCAAACCACCUGGUGGGUUUGAAGCGAAAUUACAUCAAGCUGGCUUUCCAUUCUGUGGAUGAUCUGAUUAAAGUGAGGAAGGAGAUUUUCCCUGCAGUGAGGAAGAACAAAGAGCGGGACCAAGCCAGUGAUACUUACACAGCCAUGCUCUCCAGUGCACUUUCUGGCAACAGCUUUGCUGUGGAGGAAGAAGGGCCUUCCAAAAAGAUCUCAAAUCAGAUGGAGAAUAUAGUAGAUAUGCGCGAGUAUGAUGUCCCUUACCAUGUACGCCUUUCGAUAGAUCUCAAAAUUCAUGUGGCUCAUUGGUAUAAUAUCCGAUAUCGUGGCAGUGCCUUUCCUCCAGAAAUUACAAGGCGAGAUGAUCUUGUGGAAAGACCAGAUCCAGUCGUACUUGCAUUUGAUAUUGAAACCACAAAGCUGCCUCUUAAGUUUCCAGAUGCUGAAUCAGACCAGAUUAUGAUGAUCUCCUACAUGAUUGAUGGACAGGGUUACUUGAUCACUAACCGGGAGAUUGUGUCUGAAGACAUUGAAGAUUUUGAGUUUACACCAAAGCCGGAGUAUGAAGGACCAUUCUGUAUUUUUAAUGAGCCAGAUGAGGCACAUAUGAUCCAGCGAUGGUUUGAGCACAUCCAGGAAACAAAACCUAGUAUCAUUGUAACCUACAAUGGAGAUUUUUUUGACUGGCCUUUUGUUGAAACUCGGGCAGCAGUGCAUGGAAUGAAUAUGCUGCAGGAAAUUGGCUUUCAGAAAGAUAAUCAGGGGGAGUAUAAAUCUACAUCUUGCAUUCACAUGGAUUGCCUCAGGUGGGUAAAGAGGGACAGCUACCUCCCUGUUGGUAGCCACAAUCUGAAAGCGGCUGCUAAAGCUAAACUAGGUUAUGACCCAGUUGAGCUGGACCCUGAGGAGAUGUGUCGAAUGGCCAAUGAAGAGCCACAGGUCCUUGCCACAUACUCAGUGUCAGAUGCUGUUGCAACAUAUUACAUGUAUAUGAAAUAUGUUCACCCAUUUAUAUUUGCUCUCUGCACCAUCAUUCCCAUGGAGCCUGAUGAGGUACUGCGGAAGGGCUCUGGGACUCUCUGUGAAGCUCUUUUGAUGGUCCAGGCAUACCAUGCAAACAUUGUUUUUCCCAAUAAACAAGAGGCAGUAUUCAACAAGCUGACAAAUGAUGGCCAUGUUCUGGACUCUGAGACAUAUGUUGGAGGUCACGUUGAGGCCUUGGAGUCUGGUGUGUUCCGUAGUGAUAUUCCUUGUCGUUUUAAAAUGAAUCCAGCUGCCUUUGACUUCCUGCUGCAGCGUGUUGAGUUGACACUGCGUCAUGCUAUAGAAGAGGAAGAGAAGAUUCCUCUGGAAGAAGUCACCAAUUUCCAAGAGGUAUCUGAGGAGAUUAAAAAAAAGCUGAACACUUUGAAAGAGGUGCCAAAUCGAAUAGAGUGCCCCCUCAUUUACCAUCUUGAUGUAGGGGCUAUGUACCCCAAUAUUAUCCUCACAAAUCGUCUGCAGCCUUCUGCCAUUGUUGAUGAAGCAACAUGUGCUGCAUGUGAUUUUAAUAAGCCAGGAGCCACAUGCCAGCGUAAAAUGACAUGGCAGUGGAGAGGAGAGUGCAUGCCUGCCAGCCGAAGUGAGUAUCACCGCAUACAGCAACAAUUGGAGUCAGAGAAAUUCCCACCUCUGUUCCCUGGGAAACCUCCAAGAGCAUUUCAUGAACUGAACCGGGAAGAGCAGGCCAAAUAUGAGAAAAAGCGUUUAGCAGAUUACUGCCGGAAGGCUUAUAAGAAAAUACAUGUAACCAGGUUGGAGGACAGAGUCACCACAAUUUGCCAGCGGGAGAACUCCUUUUAUGUGGACACCGUACGAGCCUUCAGAGAUCGUAGAUAUGAAUUUAAGGGCUUGCACAAAGUGUGGAAGAAAAAGCUGUCUUCUGCAUAUGAGAGUGGUGAUGCAGCCGAAGUAAAAAGAUGUAAGAAUAUGGAGAUUCUGUACGAGUCCUUGCAGCUGGCCCACAAGUGCAUCCUGAACUCCUUCUAUGGAUAUGUAAUGCGCAAAGGGGCACGCUGGUAUUCCAUGGAAAUGGCUGGGAUAGUUUGUUACACAGGAGCCAACAUCAUUACACAGGCUCGAGAGCUGGUGGAGCAGAUUGGGAGGCCACUGGAGCUAGACACAGAUGGAAUUUGGUGCGUUUUGCCCAAUAGUUUCCCUGAGAAUUUUGUCAUCAAGUCUACAAAUUCAAAGAAACCUAAAGUGACUAUAUCUUACCCGGGAGCCAUGCUUAAUAUCCUGGUGAAGGAGGGAUUUACAAAUCAUCAGUAUCAAGAGCUUAGUGAUCCAUCCACACUUACUUACAUAACCCGCUCUGAGAACAGUAUCUUUUUUGAAGUAGAUGGGCCAUACCUGGCCAUGAUUUUACCUGCCUCCAAGGAAGAGGGGAAGAAGCUAAAGAAAAGGUAUGCUGUAUUUAAUGAAGAUGGCUCACUAGCUGAGCUCAAAGGUUUUGAGGUGAAACGUCGUGGGGAGCUUCAGCUAAUUAAAAUCUUUCAGUCAUCCGUAUUUGAGGCAUUUCUUAAGGGCAGCACUCUGGAAGAGGUGUAUGCUUCAGUGGCCAAGGUUGCAGAUUACUGGCUGGAUGUGCUCUAUAGCAAGGCAGCUAAUAUGCCAGAUUCUGAACUGUUUGAGCUGAUUUCUGAGAACCGGUCCAUGUCCCGACGACUAGAGGAUUACGGGGAACAGAAAUCCACUUCCAUUAGCACUGCUAAGCGCCUGGCAGAGUUCCUUGGUGACCAGAUGGUGAAGGAUGCUGGCCUAAGCUGUCGUUAUGUCAUCUCUCGGAAACCUGAGGGUUCUCCAGUCACAGAGAGAGCUAUUCCCCUGGCAAUCUUUCAGGCAGAAGUGGGAGUAAAAAGGCAUUACCUGCGCAAGUGGCUGAAGAAUCCUUCAUUGCAGGACCUGGAUAUUCGCUCGAUCCUAGACUGGGAUUAUUACAUAGAGAGGCUGGGCAGUGCCAUUCAAAAGAUUAUCACAAUCCCAGCAGCAUUGCAACAGGUAAAAAAUCCUGUUCCCCGUGUACGUCACCCAGACUGGCUUCACAAGAAACUUCUGGAGAAAAAUGAUGUCUACAAACAGAAAAGGAUAAAUGAGAUGUUCACUAGUGAAGGAAAGAAACAGAUCAGUGCUCAGCAGCAGUUGGACUCAUCCCAGACAAAAGAUAUUGAGGAUUUCGGGGUAGUGAAACGCCUCCAGCCUGCUGUCCCUAUUAGCACAAAGAGAAAACGUGUGUCAGGAGCCGCAGAGAGCCAGGGUGACUCUCAGGACCUAACACUUACACAGUCUUGGAGGGAAGUCCUGGGACCGCCACCCACUUUUGGAACCACUAAGGAGGAACGUUUGAUAUGGCUUCGAUACCACAAGAAAAAGUGGGAGCUUCAGGCACGUCAGCGCAAAGAGAGACAGAAGAGGCGGCGACUCGAGGAUGGGGAUAUGACAUCUGGUGGUGUAAUUCGCGAAAACCAAGCUGCUGGGCUAGGCAACUUCCUGCGUCGAACGGCACGAAGCAUCCUAGACAUGCCAUGGCAGAUUGUGCAGAUUGGUGAGAGUAGCCAGCCAGGACUAUUCCGUCUUUGGGCUGUUAUUGGCAGUGACCUGCACUGCAUAAAACUCAACAUUCCUCGACUAUUUUAUGUAAAUCAGCGUGUCCCCAAACCAGAAGAAGGAGCUGUGUACCGCAAGGUUAAUAGGAUUCUUCCUCGCUCCAACCCAGUCUACAGUUUAUAUGAAUAUGCAGUGCCAGAAGAUAUGUAUCAGGAGCACAUUAAUGAGAUAAAUGCAGACCUGUCUGCACCUGACAUUGAGGGAGUGUAUGAGACACAGGUCCCUCUGAUUCUCCGUGCAGUGAUCCAGCUUGGUUGUGUUUGUAUGGUGAAUAAGCAGCUAGUCCGCCAUCUCUCAGGAAGGGAAGCAGACACAUUUGAUCUAGACAAUUUGGAUAUGAAGUCACUAGCUCAGUAUAGUUACCUUGAGCCAGGGAGUAUCAGGCAUAUAUAUCUGUAUCACAAUUCCCAGGGACACAAGGCCUUGUUUGGUCUGUUUAUUCCAUCACAACGCAAGGCAGCAGUGUUUGUUGUAGACACGGUGCGAAGUAACCAGAUGCCAAACUUAAGUACCAUGUACACUACAGAGCACAGUGCAAUGCAGGAAAAGGUUGAUGCUGAGCUCUUGCCCCCUGAGAAACAUGUGUUUGAAGUUCGAGCAGAAACGGAUUUGAAAACGGUUUACAGAGCUAUUCAAAGGCUACUUCUCAGCUACAAGGAUGAGAGGCGUGGGCCUACUUUGAUAGCUGUGCAGUCUAACUGGGCCUUAAGAAGGUUGGCAGUGGGAAUGCCUGUUUUAGAGGAAUUUCCUCUUGUACCUGUACGUGUUACUGAUGACAUCAGUUAUAAUGUCCUGGACUGGCAGAGACAUGGAGCCCGGCGCAUGAUUCGUCAUUACCUCAACCUCGACAGCUGUUUAUCUCAGGCUUUUGAGAUGGCCAGGUAUUACCAUCUGCCUGUGGGUAACCUGCCAGAUGAUGUAUCCACCUUCGGAUCUGACUUGUUCUUUGCACGACAUCUUCGUCGACAUAACCACUUGAUGUGGCUUUCCCCAAGCUCUCGUCCUGACCUUGGUGGCAAAGAGGCUGAUGACAACCGCCUUGUCAUGGAAUUUGAUGAAAGGGCAUCUGUGGAAAUUAACAAUGCAGGUUGCUAUAAUACAGUAUGCGUGGAGCUUGAUAUCCAGAGUUUGGCAGUGAACAGCAUUUUGCAGUCCCAUCACAUUAACGACAUGGAAGGGGCAGGCAGCAUUGGGAUUAGCUUUGAUGUAAUGCAACAGGCAUCCCUUGAAGAAAUGGUCACUGGCAACCAAGCCUGCACUGUAGCCAGCUAUGAUGAGACUGCUCUCUGCUCAAAUACUUUCAGGAUUCUGAAGAGCAUGGUUGUGGGCUGGGUGAAGGAGAUUACUCAGUAUCACAAUGUGUAUGCCGAUAACCAGGUCAUGCACUUCUAUCGCUGGUUACGUACCCCAUCCUCACUGCUGUAUGACCCUGCAUUGCACAGAACCCUUCACAAUAUGAUGAAGAAGCUGUUUCUGCAACUGGUAGCAGAGUUUAAACGCCUUGGCUCUAAUGUGGUUUAUGCAAAUUUUAACCGAAUCAUUCUCUGCACCAAGAAGAGAAGAGUUGAAGAUGCCAUUGCUUACGUAGAGUACAUCACAAAAAGCAUUCACUCCCGAGAAAUAUUUCACUCACUCACCAUCUCUUUCUCACGUUGUUGGGAAUUUCUUUUCUGGAUGGAUCCAGCUAAUUAUGGAGGCAUCAAGGGGAAGCUUCCCUCCAGCAUUCACUAUGGAGAGAAUGAGAAAAAAAAGUCACAGCAUGACGAUCUGGAAGAAUGCAGUGAUGAAGAUGAUGAUGAUGAUGAGACGGAUGUUCCAUCAGAUAAUGAGAAUUCAGAGGACCAUGUGGAAGAAUCUCUGGAAAAUAACUGGAAUAUUGUGCAAUACCUGCCCCAAGCAGCAUCCUGUCAGAGCUACUUCUUGAUGAUCAUUUCUGCUUAUAUUGUGGCGGUGUAUCACAGUAUGCGGGAAGAGAUGAGAAGAAACGCUCCAGGCUGCACUCCUAUUAAACGUAGGCAGAACAGCCAAGUCUCCCAAGUGGCUGAGGAAGAGGCAGGUGCUAUGCCCGGUCUCAUAACCUUCUCGCAAGAUUACGUAGCAAAUGAGCUUACUCAAAACUUCUUCACUAUAACACAAAAGAUACAAAAGAAAGUGACAGGAACCCGUCAUGUGACAGAGCCCUCUGACAUGUUUCCUGUGUUACCUGGAUCUCACCUGCCACUCAACAAUCCAGCUCUGGAAUUCAUCAAAUAUGUGUGUGAGGUGUUGUCUCUGGAUUCAAACAUAACUAACCAGGUCAAUAAGUUGAAGAGGGAUCUCUUGCGGCUUAUUGACGUAGGAGAAUUCUCAGAGGAUGCCCAGUUCCGUGAUCCUUGCCGUUCCUACAUCUUACCAGAGAUCAUCUGCAGGAACUGUAAUUUCUGCCGUGACCUGGAUUUGUGCAAAGACCCCUCGCUUAGUCAGGAUGGUUCUAUAUUGCCUCAGUGGGUUUGUACAAACUGUCAAGCGGAGUACGACUCUGAAAACAUUGAGAUGGCUUUGUUGGAGGCUCUACAGAAGAAGCUCAUGGCUUUUACUCUGCAAGACGUGGUGUGCAUGAAGUGUAAUGGCAUCAAAGAAGCAAACAUGCCAAUAUAUUGCAGCUGUGCUGGAGACUUUAAUCUUACAAUCUCUACCAAGGCAUUCGUGGAUCAGAUGACUGUGUUUCGGAAUAUAGCUCAGCAUUACCAGAUGCCUCACCUUUCAGAAACAAUCACAUGGCUGAUGCAACUAAAUCCUCAGUUGAAACAAUAACAGUAGGGCUUUCCUACAAUAAAUUGUGUGAUCCUCAGUGAAAACAAUAACAGUAGGGCUUUCCUACAAUGAAUUGUGUGCCGUCUGCUUUGUGAUAAAGGCUUUGCAGAGGAAUUUGGUCAGUAUCUGACCACCUGUUUUGUUUGUAAUAAAAUGUUUGUGAAAUUA